GCCCCGCGGCCGUGUGGCACUGAACUUUGUCCCCGUUGUCAUCACAGCCCCGGGGUGUCCCCGACAUCACAGGCACAGCGUGGUCACAGCACCCAGCAGGUGACACCGGGCACUCCGUGACUGUCCCCGCUCCUGCCACCGGGACCCACCGGGACCAGUCGGACCAUCUGCACUGGCCAGCCCCACCAUGGCCACCCCCGAGCCCGCGACGGCGCAGCCCAAGGCGGAGGAGCAGCAGAGCAUCGGGACGCGCGUGGCCAACCUGCCCCUGGUGAGCUCUGCCUACGACAUGGUGUCCAGCGCCUACAGCUCCACCAAGGAGAGCCACCCCUACGUCCGCUCUGUCUGUGAUGCCGCCGAGAAGGGGGUGAAGACGCUGACGGCGGCGGCCGUGAGCGGGGCCCAGCCCCUCCUCACCCGGCUGGAGCCACAGAUUUCCAGCGCCAACGAAUUGGCCUGCAAAGGGCUGGACAAGCUGGAGGAGAAGCUGCCCAUCCUGCAGCAGCCCCCUGAGAAGCUCAUCUCGGACACCAAGCUCCUGGUGACCUCCACGGUGACGGGGGCCCGGGACGUGCUGAGCAGCACCGUGGCCGGUGCCAGGGACGCCGUGACCAACCGGGUGACCGGCGUGGUGGACAUGACCCGCGGGGCCGUGCAGGGCGGCGUGGAGCUGACCAGGUCAGCGGUCAGCAGCGGGGUCAGCACCGUCAUGGGCUCCUCCGUGGGCCAGAUGGUGGCCAGCGGGGUGGGCUCCGUGCUGGAGAAGUCGGAGGAGCUGGUGGACCAUUACCUGCCCAUGACCAACGAGGAGCUGGCCAAGCUGGCCACGGCCGUGGAGGGCUUCGAGCCGGAGCAGCAGAAGCAGCAGCAGAGCUACUUCGUGCGCCUGGGCUCCCUGUCCAGCAAGGUGCAGCACAGAGCCCUCCAGCACUCGCUGGGCAAGCUGCAGAGCGCCCGCCACAGCAGCCAGGACCUGCUGGCACAGCUCCAGCGUGCCCUCGACCUGGUGGAGCACCUGAAGCAGGGCGUGGACCAGCGGCUGCAGGGAGGGCAGGAGAAGCUGCAGCAGAUGUGGCUGGAGUGGAGGAUGAAGCAGCCGGGCGCUGCCGCCAAGGACCCGGCGGCACCGGCGGCACCAGCGGCACCGGCAACACCAGAGGCGGUGGAGUCGGGCACUCUGGCCAUGCUGCAGGGGCUGGCCCAGCAGCUGCAGAGCUCCUGCCAGCCCCUGGUGCUCGGCCUGCAGGGGCUGCCCGGCAGCAUCCAGGACACGGCGGGGCAGGUCCGGCACAACGUGGAGGAGCUGCGGGCGGCCCUGGCCUCGGCCGGGUCCCUGCAGGACCUGUCGGGGGCUGUGCUGGCCCGUGCCCGUGCCCACGCCAGCCGGGCCCGGCAGCUGAUGGACGAGCUGGUGGAGAAGGUGGCCUCCAACCCCCCCCUGACGUGGCUGGUGGGACCCUUCGCCCCCUCCAACGAGCGCCCCGUGGAGAUAAAGUAGCGUCCUCUGGGCUGCCUGUGCCCUCCCCACACACCCCAAAAGCCUCAGCAGGAGCAGCUACUAACCCCCCAACCCCAAGCCCACCUUGCCCCCUUAACCUUGUACCUGCCCCCCCCUUGCACAGCUCUGCCCCUUGUCCCCUGCUCUGUCCCUUGUCCCCUGCAGGAACAUGCCUUGGACCCCCCAAGUAAGUGCCUGUUGGGGGUCCCCUCCAGCCCCCCUGGAGGGGUCCCCUGUGCCCCCAGUGCCUUUCUUGUAGGGUGAGACCAGCACAAGAAGCAAUAAACUGGUUAGUUUUGCACC